UCAAAUAUCAAAUGAGCAUUAUUUUAUUCUUCCACCUGCCAUUAAAUUUUCCUUGUAAAAUAAAAAUUAUUCUUUUUUAUCAAAAGCGUCGUCACCACCGAAGUACUCCCCCCAAAAAAUAUCCAAAACCAAUUGACGGCUCUAUAAGCAUUAACAACGAGGAUUAUCAACGCCAAGCAGAUGAACAACCUUUAGAAGCUAUUGAUAGAGAUAAAUUAUUAAUUAUUCCAAAAUUAAUUCCAAGUAGAGCAACACUUCCCCCAACUAUAAUAACAACAACAACAGCAAAAAUUAAAAUACCUCUAAAAAUUGGUGAUUCUAAAAUUCGAAACUCCCCAUCAUCACCACCACCUCCCUUUGCCAAAAAACUUCCCAAAACCCCAAUAGAACAACAACAUAAACAACCUAAACAAAAAGAAGAAUUUCAAAAAGAUUUGCCUAAUUUAUUAAUUUCUUCUUCAUUAAAAACAAACAAUUUAUUAGAAAAUAAAAAAGAAGAAAACAUUAAAUAUUUAAUUAAAUCCCAACAAACAUCAAACAAAACAAAAAAAUUAAAAAACAAACAAAACAACAAGUUUGAACAAGUUUUGAAUGUUGGGGGAAUUAAUGGAGAGGAAAACACAAAAACAGAACAACACAAAACAUUUAAUAAUGUUGAAGAAAAACAACAACAAAACAAUGUUUUUAGAAACAAGUACGUGUUGUUAAAAAAUAAUUCCCUUCCACAACAUUUACUCCCCAAUGGAUUUAUUCAUAUAGCAACAUUAAAUUCACCUCCUCCAAAAAUCGGCCAAAGCCAAAUUAUUUUAUUAGAUGGACAAAAAUAUUUAGUAGAAAAAACAGUUUCUCUAAGCCAAUUUAAUGGUAGACAACAACAAACAAUAAACGAGAAUAACAACAAUAGAAGACCAGAAUCUGAACAACUUCCCAUUUUAAUUUCCUUCCCUCCACCUUUAUUAAUUGAUAAAGCUGUUGGUGGUGGAGGAGUACAACAACAACUACAGGAUCCCAACCAACAAUCAAAAACACUUCAACAACUUCAAUCACCCCAACAACCCCAACAAUUAAAUAACAAAAACAAUUUCCCAAACAAUCUAAAAAUAAAUUCUUUUGAUCCAAAAACUUUACGUAUAGCAAACAGUGCUGUUUCUUCAAAUGUUUUUAUCCCUAUAUCAGACCAACAACAACAACCAUCCCCUUUCAUUAAAAAAGAAAAUAAUAAAAGAAUUUCAAAUUCAAAAUCCGACGUUUUAGCAACAAAUUUGGGUGCAGCUUUGUCCCAAAUUUUUGGAAAUUUUUCGAUUGACAGCAAUGCUAAGCCCGCAAAGGACUUUAAACAAUGGGAGAGAAAUUAA